UCACAUGACUUGCACGGAAGUAGAAACGGCAGUAAGACAAGAUGGCAUCACACCCGGGAGGAGGUGACCAAGGAAAUUCCAGAGACCAGAUACUAGAAGUCGGAGCAGUUUUGUUAAAGGAUUUCAUCUACCAGCGGGUCCAGCGACAUGGAGAAUCCAAUGCCGUUGUGACGAGGGCACAGCUGGGUGCAUCGGAGCUGUGUGACCCCAACCACAAGAAACUCGCCCAGUGCCUGCAGCAGAUUGGAGACGAGCUGGAUGGAAAUGUAGAGCUGCAAAGAAUGAUAAACGACUCCUCGCUCAGUCCGUCGAAGGACGUGUUCAUGAAAGUUGCCUUAGAGAUCUUCUCAGAUGGGAGGUUCAACUGGGGCAGAGUGGUGGCUCUGUUCUACUUCGCCUGUCGACUCGUCAUCAAAGCUCUCUUAACCCAAGUUCCCGACAUCAUUCGAACGAUCAUCAGCUGGACGAUGGACUACCUCCGGGAACACGUCAUCAACUGGAUCAGAGAGCAAGGUGGCUGGGAGGGGAUCCGUUCUUACUUCGGGACUCCAACAUGGCAGACGGUGGGCGUCUUCCUGGCGGGAGUUCUCACCACAGUCAUCGUCAUUCGCAAGAUGUGAGCGGGGAGAAGAGAAGACGAGGAGGGAGACGAAAAGAAGCGCCAGCGGGGGAACCGGGGACAGGGUCGACAACAACAUCAAAAACUAAUAAUGAUAAUAAGUGAAACCAUCUGACGGACAACAGGAGUGAUGCCAGGGCGAACAAGUUGAAGAGGAAGCGCCCGUCGUCUCCCGUUAUCAUGCGAGGACGCGGAGAGCAUGCACGGAGAGCGCCGUCUUUGCCCACGGUCCCUGAACGCCACUGAGGAAGCGAGCGGUGUGCGAUCAAAUGCACAACACAGGAGGCUGGAGCGGGUGUCGGACUUGAACAAGGAAUGCAUUUUAAGUAAUUUAUUUUUUACUCGGUGCGGAAUAAUAAGAAAAGUCACUGCUUUUUGUUUUGUUUUGUUUUUUUUUUCCUGCUUAAAAUAUAUAUUAACAAUAUGUUUUUCUGAUAGAAGAGUUAUCUUUAAUUUAGUUUUCCUUUGUGCACCUUGCUUCCCUGAACCUCCCACUCUCUUCACCCAUUUCAUCAUGAAUUAAGUCCGUACAUCACAGCGUGUUUUGACGCGGUUUCCACAUCCUUUCAAGGAAAAGAGAGAAUCCCAAGAAGAAGAAGAAGAUGAUCUAGGUGAAGAGAAGUAACAGCUCCAGUCAGUUUACGUCACGCCGCCGUUUCUUUCCACAGCUGUCAAAACGUUUUUCUCAGGCAACAAUAAAAAGUGCCAGGCCAGAGACUUAUGUAUAAACUUUUGUUUCCAUCGCUUCAAAAACAAAGCAAAAUGACAUACAGACUGAAUCCCGUUCUUAACGUAGUUUUAUCAGACGUCGUUUCCUCCAUGUGCGGUUCUUCACGUCGAGGACGGGAGCUGCUGCACCCCCGGAGACCAGACACACUUCCUUUGGUUCUCAGAAGCAGCCGCAGACACACAGUGUGCCGGAUCGCUUACCUCACUUUACACACAUUCAGAGUACUGUAUUUUUACACCACUUAUUCAAACUGCAACCUUCUCGAUAAACAACGACCGAAAGCUUUUUCUACAUUCUUCUUGUUUGUCAGUGCCUUGGUGUGUUUUGUUUAGUUUUUCUUUUUUUUUUAACAAUGCAACCACUUUGAUAUUCUCCAAUUUUCACCUUUUUCUACCAUAUUUGUAAAGUUUGAAGUCUCCUGGGAAAUCUUUUUGCAGUGACAAUUGUAUGAUGUAAUAUGGAAAAUAAAUCUUUUAUUUCAA